GAAAGAUGGCAGCACAAUAUGUUUUUUUGUUGAAGGGGUCUUCAAUUUCAAAAUGGAGGGCAACAAGGAUGAAAGUGAGAGAUGUCUGGAAAUAGCCAUCAAAUAUAUCAUGGGAGGGGAUCGGAACAAGGCUGUUAAAUUUUUAAAUAAAGCUCUAAAACUAUAUCCUCUGCCUAAAGCGAAAGAUUUACUUGAGCAACUUAACAACACUGCAAAUAGUAGUACAGCAAAUAAGGACAAACAUAAAGACAAUACAGAUGGCCCCAGACAUAGGAAUCAGCAAAAGACUUCACAAACUUCUACAAAUCAGGAAUCUAGCGGUCACACUUUAAAUAAGGAUUACACCUCUGCUCAAUUAGAUAUGGUUAAAAGGAUAAGAAAGUGCAAAGACUACUAUGAGAUUCUAGGUGUGGAUAAAGACUGUUCAGAAGAGGACCUUAAAAAGGCUUACAGAAAACUUGCACUGAAAAUGCAUCCUGAUAAAAAUAAGGCCCCGGGAGCUACAGAAGCAUUUAAAGCCAUAGGAAAUGCAUUCGCUGUCCUGAAUGACAAAGAUAAAAGGCGGCGCUACGAUCUGUAUGGAAGUGACGCUGAAAGAGUUGAGGGUCACAGUCAUCACCAUCAUGAGUAUGAUUUUAACAGGGGAUUCGAAGGAGACAUCUCAGCAGAAGAGAUUUUCAACAUGUUUUUCGGAGGUGGUUUUCCUACAGGUGACGUAGGCCAGAGACAUCAACACCGAACAAGAACUCAUCAUUUUACACGCAGCACACAUUAUACUAAUAGGGAAGAUAAUGGUUACACAAUGUGUCUGCAGCUAACUCCACUGUUGUUACUUGUCGGUCUUUCACUUCUUAGUAGUUUCCUGGUUGGAGAUCAAGUAUUCUCACUACAGAGGUCUAAUAAAUAUAUGAAUGAAAGAAAAACACAGAAUCUGGGAAUUGCAUAUUUCGUAAAGCCAGACUUUAGCACACAUUAUAGCGGGAAUAUACGGAGUAUAGAACGCCAAGUAGAAGAUGAAUAUAUAGGAGGUUUACGGUCUAACUGCUAUAGGGAAAGAACAUAUAAAGAAAACAUGUUAUGGCAAGCGAAAGCUUGGAGUGAUAGGAACUUAUGGGAAAGAGCACAGAAUACAAAAUUGCCAUCAUGUGACAAUUUGGACAAACUUUAUGCUAGACAGACAUAA